AUGGCAUCCCAAAAUAGUCAGAAUAGAACUUCAGAUGUAUUAGAAGAAAGAAAGAAUAGUUUGGUAAUGUGGGGAAAGGAUAAUUUCCCCAAAAGAAAUGGACAUGGGAUUCAGGAAUGGCCAGAUGGAUCUAAAUAUGAGGGAGAAUUCAAAAAUAACCUGAAACAUGGCACUGGUGUAUUCACAUGGGCAAAUGGAGAGUUCUACAAAGGUUCAUUUUUUAAGGAUUAUCGACACGGAAAAGGCACUUAUUCCUGGCCGAAUGGAUCCAAAUUCACUGGAAAGUUUUAUUUGAACCGUAAAGAGGGAUAUGGAGUUCAGGUUUUCUCAGAUGGAGCAACCUUCAAGGGUUUGUAUCAUGCUGAUGAACGCUUCGGGCCAGGGGUUUUAAAAUACCCUGAUGGGCGACAAGACGUGGGCCUUUGGCACAGAGAUAGGCUACUGCGACUGUGUACCAUACUGGAGGGCGGCUUUAUUCUUAGGGACUUCCCAGAACACAUGGACGGACUACCCAAGAAACACCUUCUGAUCCAACCUCAACUUCUCUCCAUAGAUUCAAGGACUGAUGAUGAGACAGUCUCGUCUCUCGUCUCUGAUCAAGAUACAUCAGAGGACAAAGAACACUUUAUCUUGCCUCCAGACAUUGAGAGAUAUUCUACGGAUUCAGACCACCUACCCGUUCCCAAGUUUCUACGCCAGGAACUGGACGUGCACUUUUUCGGUAGAAGUGACAUCAGCGUAGAAGAGCAGUCACCACCCACAGCCUUGCCUCUACAGCAGCGCAUGAAUGGCAACAUUCGAAGACACAGAUUUGAGAUAGAGACAUUAGACUGGGAUGUUGCAGCAGUCCUAAAUAUAAACAGAGAUCAGUUUGGGCCCAAAGGUCAACUUGAACUGAACUCAGAGAAACUGAUCAAAGAGGCUUCACAUGGUGACUGCAAGAGCGUUUACCAAGUUCUCAGAGAUGGAAACGUCCAUCCUGACGUGAGUGAUGCACGAGGACAUACGGCACUCAUCGCAGCCACGGUUAAUUGCCACAAUGACGUCAUCCACUUGCUGCUGAAUAGUGGGGCUGAUGUUAAUAAGUUAAAUGAUGAAGGCAUGUCUGCUCUUGCUGUCUGCAAUAUCCUUUACUACCCAUUCCAAUCUUUAUAUGAGACACUGGCUGAGAAAAUUACCCAGAAUAUCAGCUCUGAAACAUGGAUUAAACCCCACACACUUCUUGAGGACGUCUCCCAUGAAUCCUCUCCAGAUCCAAUGACAGAAGCACCCAAAGAUGAAAGCAGUGAAGAGACAUUUGAGACACCAAGACAGAACAACCAUGCUGACAAAAAUCUUGAACCUGAGAACUUUAAUAACUCAGAGAAACCUGAAGCUCUAAAGAAAAUGAAUGAAAACAAGGACACAAGGGAAGAUGAGAUAGUUACUUAUCCUGAACAUCUGGAGAGCCUCAACACCUCUGAGGACCCUGAAGCUCCAGAGCAAAUCAACAAAAACAAGGAUGUAAACAAGGAUGAGAUUGUCCCUCAGCAACCUGGAGGCCUCAAGAACUCUGAGGAACCUUUAGCUAAAGAGCCAAUCAAACAAAACCAUGUUGCAAACAAAGAUGAGACAGUUCCCCAGCCUGACCAACUUGAAGGCCCCAAGAACUUAGAGAAACUUCAAGCUCAAGAUCAAAGCAAUGAAAACAUGGGUGCAAACAAGGAAGUAGUUCUUCAGCCUGAGCAUGAACAAGACAGGCAAAUGGUAGAACCACAUGUCAUCAAGUUCUCAAAGAUACUUAAGACUAGAUCCAUUCAAGUCUUUGAUGAUAAAAUCCCAGUGGGCUCGGUGUCCUGGCAGGAGAAGAGGCUGGAGAAGUAUAACAACUCUGAGAAAGAGGAAGAUCAGGAGAUGGAUGAAGCUUUGGGAAGUAGCAUCAAAUCAGAUGACCCUACCUUCGAUUCUGCAUGUUCUAUGGCUAGUUUUCACAUUUACGUCACAGAGGAGGACCUGCAGAAGAGUGCUGAGGCCCUGUGCCAGAUAAGUACAGUGACCCCUGCAGACACCCUAGAGACGGUCUGGAAAAUUGCCCUUCUAAAGACAGAGCAUCGGAAUCGAUGGGUCACAAUUAAGCUUCUGUUGGAGAGAGGAGCAGACCCAAAUGCCUCUACUGUCCCCAUGCCAGUCAUCUUCCUGGCUAUCAAAGCCUCCCACGUCGAGGGAGUUCGCCGUCUGCUGGAGUGUGGGGCUCGCACAGACAUACCUCUACCUCCAGAGCAAAAGGGCCUUUACCCCCUUCACAUAGCAGCAGGAUUACCAGGGGCAGAGGGCACAGAAAUCACUGAACUCCUCCUUCAUGCCCUGGCAGACCCUGACGUCAAAGCUGAGGAUGCUGAUGAAGUCUAUGAGCUUGAUAAGAACAUGUCUGAGCUCCAGGCCUUUGAGAAUAAACAUUUCAUGGCCUCUGGACCCCCAGCUAAGUUCAGUUGCACCCCUGUCGAGCUUCCACAGGAAGGCGGGAGGACACCACUGCAUGUGGCCUGCCAAAGAGACAGUGAUUAUACAAAUGCUAGAGAUGUGGUGGCCCUUCUCCUUUCUCACAGAGCAAGUACUAACCAUGUGUGGAGUGGCCAUUCACCACUGUCUCUGGCCAUCGCAAGUGGUAACGACCUUGCUGUGGAUGAACUGCUGGAGGGGGGAGUAGAUCCUAAUCUGCCACUCACUCGUCGCGUGGGUAGCGCCCUCUGUGCCCUUGCCAAUAUCAACUAUGACUGUGGGCCACAUCCACGCAACCAAGUCAAGCUGCUUGAGAAGUUGAUCAAAGCUGGCGCUAACAUCCUCCAGCCUGUCAUGAUGGGUGAGGGACGCAGGUGUGCUGUGGGAACUGUCGUGGAUUAUGCGCACUACGCAUUCCAACAGGACCAGCGAGUGGCUCACACCCCAUAUCAUGCCCUCAACAAACGUGAGAGACAAGCUUAUAACGGCCGGCGGCAGUUGCUAGGCCUCAUGGGAGAUCUGCUGAGACAGGCAGCAAUCCGAAUGGAAAGACACCACAUUGAAGAGGAACGGAGCCAAGACAUACUCAGCGUCAGUCCCACAGAUAGGUUUGUGUACACUGGAACAGGUGCCACACAGAGUCUGCUGAGCUCUUCUGAUGAGAAUGACAUUAGUCGGAAAGUACAGAGAAAACCUCUCUUCAAAUAUUGCUACCAGUGUGGUCGUUCGGUAGGGGUGGUCCUGUCGGCUUGUAGUCGCUGUUUUGAGGUCUUUUACUGCAGCAAGACCUGCAAAAUGAAGGCCUGGGACGAGCGUCACCGAGACGAGUGUAUCCGUGUGCCAGUUGUGAGUGGUCACAAUAGUGGAGGUAAACACACAUCCAGCAAUCGCCGUCAACCUCUUUCAGCCAAAGACUUCAAAGGCAAGACCUUCCAUCUGAACGUGACCCCAGAAAUACACGAAUAUGACCUUAAAGAAAAUUACAGUUUUAUUUAGGUGUUACAAAGGCUUAAAUGUUUCCCCAGACUCCAAUUAAAUAUAAUUAGUAAUGUAAGGUUGUGACCUCACAUUACAUUUUCUGAAAAGCUUUUGUUCUAAUAUUCUGUCACAGAAUGUGACAUCUCAUUCCAUCUAAAACUUUUUUUUAACCUCAUACAUCCUCGUAUAACAUGUAACAAUAAAAUUGUGAAGGUCGUGUAGAAAUUGACUUGGCAGAUUAUUUAUAUUGCAAAAAAUGAAUAAAAACGAUUUUUCAAUGGGUAAGAAAAUGUUUUAAUUAAAAAAAAAUUAAUGAAAUAAAGAUUAUAAUUUAUAAAAUAUAAUAUAAUAUGAUAUAAAGGUAUAUUGAAUUUUUUUUUUUUUUUUUGUGGAGAAGUACAUAUAAAAAAGUACUACUUUUUACAUUGAAUAAGUUAAAGCGUGAACUUGAAAAAAAAAAGUAAACUCCACAUUUGCACUCAAUUCAAACAAGUAAAAUUAAUGCUCUAGCUUGUAAAUAUUAUUCAUGAUUGUUUGUUAUCUUUACAAUGUAUCAUCAUGUGUCAGUCCUAAAGUAGAAAACCUUGUAAUUUUUAUUUGCUAAUUUGAGUACAUUUCACAGGUAAAUAAAAUAAGUACAUUUUACAUAACUUUUAACAAUAAAUGAUGGUGUUUCCAUCAUGUACUGGGCCUGGAUAAUUAAUGAGCUUGCAUGGUUUCACUGUUUGUAAGUAUAUUUAUACCAUUUUUAUCGUUUAUUUUGUUGUUACGUUUGGUAAUUUCUUGUUUUGUGAAGAGUGAAGUUUCUUCUCAAAAUUACCCAUUCAUGAUAAAAAAAAUUAUCUGUUGACUGUUACCGUCAUGGUGUUUUGUGCAUCAAGUGUUGAGGUCUGCAUGCACACCGCACAGCUCAACAUCUUGUUUCCAAAGCCAGUAGUGCAAAGCGAUGUUGUCUAAUAAUAAUUUAAAAAAAAAUAUUUAAUUAAAAUUGACAAAGUUUUAGGACCAUGGACAUCAGAUUUAUAAGUAAAAGUAGUAUAUUUUACUUAAUUUUAUACCAAUACUAAUUAUAUUUGAUAUACUAUUAUUAGAAGAACUGUAUGCAAAA